UUAGGGUGGAGAUCCUCGCUCACACUCUCGCUCACUGAUGUGCGCCUGUGCCGUGUCCCAUCCCACUGCUGCCACCCAGCUACCCUCCAAUUGUCGAGCCAGUCGAUAAUGCCGUCCGCUGCCGCCGUCGACCCGCUGAGCGGCUACUGCGCCGUCACGAGGACCUUCCACAGCCUCCGCGCGCCCAUCCCGCUGCCGCCGCCGGCCCAGCCGCUCUCCUUCCCGGCCUUCGCCUUCUCCUUCCUCCCCUCCCCGCUCCCCUCCCACGCCGCUUUCCUCGAUGCCGCCACCGGCGAGGCCGUCCCCUUCCCGGCCUUCCUCGGACAGGUCCGCGCCCUCGCCACGGCUCUCCGCGCCCACCUCCACAUCUCCCGCGGCGACGUGGCCUUCAUCCUCGCGCCCCCCAGCCUCCACGUCCCCGUGCUCUACUUCGCGCUCAUGGCCGUCGGCGCCGUCAUCUCCCCCGCCAAUCCGGCCCUAACCGCAGGGGAGCUGGCCCACCUCGCCGCGCUCUCGAAACCCUCCGUCGCCUUCGCCGUCUCGAGCGCGGCCAGCAAGCUCCCGCCCGGGCUCAGCGCCGUCCUCCUCGACUCCCCGAGGUUCUCCUCGUUCUUGCACGGGCCCGGCGAUGCCUCGGUCAUGGACGCCGCUGUGAUUUACCAAUCGGAACCGGCGGCGAUACUCUACUCCUCCGGCACCACCGGGAGCGCCAAAGCGGUGGUGCUCACGCACCGCAACCUCAUGACGACACGCGCCAUGCCUGGUCCGGCGCCGCCGGACGAGGUUGUGAUGCUGACCGUGCCGCUCUUCCAUGUCUACGGAUUCGUGUUCUGCCUCAGGCCUGUAAUGGCGGCGCAAACACUUGUGUUGCACACGGCGAGGAGAUUUGACACCAGGGGGGUGCUGGCAGCGGUGGGGAGGUUCCGGGUGACGCGGCUGGCCCUUGCGCCGCCGUCGCUGUUGGCGAUUGUGCGAACAGCUGAGGACGACGAGAGUGUGACUGCCAGCGCUGCAACGCUGCAGGUGGUGCUCUGCGGUGGCGCAGCCCUCUCACCGGGGCUUAUCCGGCGAUUCUCCCAUAAAUUUCCCCACAUCUGUGUUUUACAGGGAUAUGGACUGACCGAGACUACAGCUGGUUUUUGCCGUUCCAUUGGAGUAGAAGAAAGUCGACGAAUCGGGUCAGUUGGGCGUCUUUCGCCGGGUGCUGAGGCGAAGAUUAUUGAUCCUGGAACAGGGGAUGCUCUGCCUCCCGGUGUGCCAGGCGAGCUCUGGGUCCGAGGACCUUUUGUAAUGGAAGGUUACCGUGGUGACAAGGAAUCCACCUCCGAGAUUUUGGAUUCUGAAGGGUGGUUGAGAACGGGGGAUGUUUGUCUUAUCGACAAAGAUGGAUUCCUCUUUGUGGUUGAUCGGCUGAAAGAGAUAAUUAAGUACAAUGGCUACCAGGUUGCUCCUGCAGAACUGGAGGACCUGCUUCAAACGCACCCCGGUAUCGACGAAGCCGCAGUUGUUGGAUACGCAGAUGAUCAGGCUGGUGAGUUGCCGGUAGCAUUCGUCGUACAGCACUCCGGAAGCAAAGUGCAUGAGGCCCAGAUCAAAGACUUCGUCGCUAAACAGGUCGUGCACUAUAAGCGAAUACACCGUGUUUUCCUUGUGGAUUCCAUACCGAAAAAUGCCGCGGGCAAGAUCUUGCGCAAGGACUUGGCUAAGUUAGCAUUGCAUCGGAUUAACGCCAAAUUAUAACAUGUUUGGCAGGUAGAAGAAAAUAGCUACAGCAUGCUUUUCUGUAUGUAGGGAACAUUAAAGUCAAUCUUGCUUGCUUGAUAAAUAGAUCAGGAAUAGUUCCGAUAUCUCCCGGUUGUGUAUAAUGGUAGGAGUGUGAAUAAACUGAUGAGACGGCAGGAUGAAAUAUCAGAUAUUGUUGCCUGUUAAA